AUGGCCGUUGAAGCGAAACUACCUCCGUCUUACCAAUACCCUACACCCAUUGAAGGCCCAAACGUUCCAUACAAGAAUGAGGGUGCUUCAAAUCCAGUUCUUCGAGGCAGAUUGCUCCAAAUAGGGGCUUCACUCGUGCUCCACACCAUUAAAGAAUUAGAGGACUACGAGCCGCGAUACGACCCUACUGUCUUCCCAUCCACAAACUAUACUGCGCAAACAGUCCCAUCCUCGGCUGUCCCGCGAAGCGCAAAACGUCAAGGAGGGUACUACACGGCUGCGGAUUACCGUGCGCUUUACCUCUCCGGGGAACUUACCCCCAUAGCUGUAGUCGACGCGCUUCUUCCAUUAAUUCGUCGAGAUGUCUCACCAGCGGGUGAACAUUCGAUUGCGUUUUUGCAAUCAAAAGUCGAUCUGAUUCGUGCAGCUGCGGAGGCCUCGACAGCAAGAUACAAAAAUGGAACUUCGUUGGGUCCGAUGGAUGGUGUUCCGGUCGCCGUUAAAGAUGAGGUCGAUAUAGAUGGCUACAAAAGGACUGUGGGAACGAAAUUGGACUACACCAACAAGUCGGGCGGGACGUCCUGGUGUGUUAAGAAAUGGGAAGAGGCUGGCGCCAUCGUGAUCGGGAAGACGACUAUGCAUGAGUUGGGGCUUGAUACAUCCAAUAACAAUCCAAACUUUGGGACCCCCAGGAACCCUCACAAUCCAAAUUAUUACACAGGAGGUUCUUCAGGAGGCUCUGGCUAUGCAGUUGGUGCCGGCAUCGUGCCCAUUGCCCUUGGUGCCGAUGGCGGUGGUUCAAUUCGUAUUCCAUCAAGCUUUUGCGGAAUAUACGGCUUGAAGACGACCCACGGGCGUGUAUCCGGAUCUCCAACCCGUGGGCUCGCUACCACCACUGGUGUCUUCGGGCCUAUGACCAGCAGUCUUGAUGACCUCGAUAUGUCCUAUCGCAUCAUGUCGAGUCCAGACCCCGACCAUGUUACGUCCUCUAGUUUUCCUGAUCCAGCCUCGGCCACAGCCGCGACCGCUCGCCCAAAGAUCAUUGGAGUUUAUCAGGAAUGGGUCAAACGGUCCGAUCCCGCUGUUCUUUCUCUCUUUAACCGAGCAAUGGACUACUACCGCACCCAGCAAAACUAUGAAAUUAUCGACAUCACCAUCCCUUAUAUCCCACAGGGCCAGAAGGCCCAUGCGCUUACCAUUCUCUCCGAGAUAGCUUCCGGAAUUUCGAAGGAAGAAAUUUCCCAACUAUCUGCUCCCAACAGGGUGCUCGUUUCCAGUGGAAACUCUCAGGUGUCCGCGCGGGAUUUCUUCGCAGCACAGAAGUUGCGCAGCCUACUAAUGUCCCAUCUCGCAUUCCUGUUCAAGAAAUAUCCAGGAAUGGUCAUCGCCACGCCCACAUUGCCCAUUGCAGGGUGGCAAAUCAGCCCCGGCGGAGCUGACCUAACCCACGGCGUCAGCGAUGUCAAUACUUCGCUGCGUACGAUGGAGUACGUCUACUUGGCCAACUUUUCCGGUUGCCCGGCCAUUUCCUGCCCUAUGGGAUACGCCGAAGACUCCAAGUUACCUGUGGGUAUUAUGGGAAUGAGCGAAUGGGGUAGCGAGUGGGCGCUGAUUGAGUGGGGUCGCGAUGGUGAAGGGAUGCUGGAUACCGACGAGGAUGUUUCUGUCGAUAGUAAUGGCACUGCGAAUGGUGGUGAAGCAGCUGUUGUGGUGAGCAAAGGCCUGAGAACACCCUCUGUACAAAGCGGAGGGAAGUGGGUCGAUGCGAUCGGAUUGGCGAAGAAUAACAAUGUUGGCGGUAAUCCGUGA